AUGGGGAAAAAUGAGGAUAAACGUUUCACCAAGCCCAACCUUAAGUUAGUCAACAAAGCAAACUUGGAUAGGGUAUUGAAAGCCGAGAUAUACGUAAACGAAGCUGACGGCCAACUCCGAGCAACCCAUUUAAUCCUCGGCUACACCCCCCUCUCGUUUACUUUCCAAGCGCCGAAGUGCGUGAUCAAAGCCCGCGAUCCUCGACUUCACCGUAUUAGUGUUGCCUUCAAGGGGUUCAUCAUUCCAAAAGGUAUCCCACUUCCCCAGGAUACAUCCCGCACUGAGCCCCUUUUUGUGGCUGUCGUCUCAAUAGGAGCCUCUUCAUCCCAGCCUGUCCUCAGAGAAGAGGAAGUAGAAAAGAAAGAGGAAAAGGAAGAAGAAGAGGAAGAAGUUGUAGAACUCUCAGACUCCUCGGAAGAUUUUGGGGUUUUUGAUCAACCUAUACGCUCCGAGGAAGAUCUUGAUGAAAUGGGAAUACAAAGGAAGCCCCAAAGAAGUUUAAUGGAGUUGAUCGAGAAUCAGCCUGGGGGGAAGAAUGCGCCGGGGAAAUCAACGGAACAGAAAGGGAAAGACGUGGUGGAUGUUGGCAAGUCCCGUCCGACCCGUGAGGAAGAUGCCCAAAGAGCGGCAAAGCAGCAAAAGACUAGCCAUCUUCCUCAGCGAGGCCAAGAGAGGUUUGACACUCAACCUCCUAAGUCUCAAGCCUGGCUGCCAGCACCCAUGCAUGCUGGGGAGCCCCUACGAAAUGAUGCAUCUAUUAGGGACUUCAACGGUGGCAUUAGGUGUCACGUUAUCCAAAAUACUUUUAAGCUGGAUGAGAGGCUCAAUAUUUGCUACAGUCAGCUAGACGAUGAAAAGAAGAAAUGGGCGUCGGCUGUACAAACUUUGACACAAUCCGAGCAGGACUUGGCUGAUGCGAGGAAAAAGUUACUUACUGAGGAGCAAGCCCACAAGAGCGCUGACUCGGCCUUGGAAGGCUAUCAAAAACAGACCGAGGACCAGGGAAAGCGCUUGCAUGAGGCAAAUGCAGAACUAAAGACUGCCUGGGAGCAAGUUGCAGUCCUUAAGAAGCACUUGGAGGAAACCCAAAAGCUGAGGGAGCAAGCUGAAAAGUCUAGGGAGGAAGCUGAGAAAGCAAAAGUCGAGGCCGAACAGGCAAUGAAUGAAGCUGAGCAGAAAGGCUAUGAAAUCGGUGUGGCUGAGACGGAGGAGACAUUAAAAGCAGAGGUGCCAAUGGUGUGCCCUCCUCCAUCUAGUCAGGCUGAAGACACUCCCUCAACCAUCAAUCCUAAUGAGGGGGUUUUGCCUCCAAGUCUUCCUCCUCCUGGCCAACCGGAACCGGCUAAAGGGAACAAUGCCCCUCCAGAAGCUUCCUUGGACAAGACUGCAGCUGCUUUUGAGGCAGAAGUGGCCUCUCAGGGCUUUCAACAGGAUUUGGCUUCCACAGUCAUGUCAGCUGAGGGAGCUGCUAAGGAUAAAGAGGGAGUCACCACCUCAGAGGCAGAUAAAUCAACCAACCAAGCUCCAAAUUAA